AAAAAAUGUCCCACUUGCAUCCACUGAAGUGUUAAGCGAUGUGUGUUGCUCUUCCACAGGUUUUGAAAUAAAAGAACAUGUACAGAAGCAAGAAGUUGCCAACAGUUUGCCAGCGCCUCCUCAAAUGCCUCUGCCAGAAAUACCUCAGCAGUGGCUGCCACCAGAUAAUGGGCCUCCACCAUUACCAACAUCUUCCCUUCCCGAAGGCUAUUAUGAAGAGGCCGUGCCACUUAGUCCUGGAAAGGCUCCUGAGUAUAUCACUUCCAAUUAUGACUCAGAUGCUAUGAGCAGCUCUUAUGAAUCCUACGAUGAAGAGGAGGAGGAUGGAAAGGGGAAGAAAAUGAGACAUCAGUGGCCUUCCGAGGAGGCCUCUAUGGAUCUGGUGAAGGAUGCCAAAAUCUGUGCCUUCCUCCUUAGAAAGAAACGAUUUGGGCAAUGGACCAAACUACUGUGUGUUAUCAAAGAAAACAAACUACUGUGUUACAAAAGUUCCAAGGACCAGCAGCCACAGAUGGAACUGCUCCUGAAUGAUUGCAGUAUCACAUACAUUCCCAAAGACAGCAAAAAGAAAAAGCAUGAGCUGAAAAUCUCGCACCAAGGAGCGGAUGCCCUGGUUCUGGCAGUACAGAGCAAAGAGCAGGCGGAACAGUGGCUAAAGGUUAUAAAAGAUGUGUGCAGCAACUGUACGGGAGCGGUGGACUCUGAUGGGCCGUUGUCUAGUUCUCCAGUACACAAGACGGAGCUGGAAAAGAAGUUGUCAUCUGAGAGGCCAAGCUCAGAUGGGGAGGGGGCUGUGGAAAAUGGCAUCACUACCGUGUGCAAUGGGAAAGAACAAGUGAAGAGGAAAAAAAGUUCAAAAUCAGAAGCUAAGGGCACUGUGACUAAAGUAACAGGGAAAAAAAUAACGAAGAUCAUUGGUUUAGGAAAGAAAAAGCCAUCAACAGAUGAGCAGACCUCAUCAGCUGAAGAAGAUGUUCCAACAUGUGGAUAUCUCAACGUGCUCUCAAAUAACCGUUGGCGUGAGCGCUGGUGCAGAGUGAAAGAUAAUAAACUCAUUUUCCACAAGGACAGGACAGAUCUGAAGACGCACAUUGUUUCUAUCCCUCUCCGUGGCUGCGAAGUCAUCCCGGGGCUGGAUUCAAAGCAUCCCCUGACCUUCCGCUUGCUCCGAAAUGGGCAGGAGGUCGCUGUGCUCGAGGCAUCCUCCUCCGAAGACAUGGGCAGAUGGAUAGGAAUUUUGCUGGCAGAAACGGGGUCUUCGACAGACCCCGGAGCUCUGCACUACGACUACAUCGACGUGGAAAUGACGGCAAGCGUCAUCCAGGCUGCCAAACAGACGUUCUGUUUUAUGAACAGGCGAGUUAUAUCUACAAAUCCAUAUCGGGGAAGCACUGCCAAUGGUUACGCCUGUCCAAGUGGAAUGGCACUUCAUUACGAUGAUGUUCCCUGCAUAAAUGGAUCGUGGGAACCAGAAGAUGGCUUUCCUUCUUCUCGUAGCAGGAACAUUGGAGAAGAAAUGCUUUAUGAUAACGCAGGCCUGUACGAUAACUUGCCGUCUCCAAAAAUCUUUGCGCGCUAUCCGCCAGCUGACAGAAAACCCAAUAGGUUAUCUACUGACAAACUCUCCUCUAACCAUUACAAAUACCCUGUCUCAUCCAAUCUGUCUUCUGCUCAGUCUGUCACUAAUACCUCUGCUGUGGGGAGGGGAUCUGGCUCGCAG